AUGGCAGCAGCGACUCCUGACGGAGUCGGUGCCCGCCUCAUCGUCUGUCGCAACAGCGUCAGAUACGUCGUCUCGUGGAGCCUCGUCUCGUGGAGCGAGUGCAACUUCAACUCCAGCGGCAACGAGUGGAUCAAAUCCCUCGCCGAGUCCGUCGCUCACUGCGCCCGUAAACACGUCUACUUCGGUGUCGUGUACGUCUAGUAGUGCAACUACAGCUAGUUCAACAUUGCAAGUUGCACCUACUAGUGCGCAAUCGUCCAUCGUAGCGUCACCUGUUACUACAACAGCACAGGUUGCAUCUAUGAAUGCGCAAUCGUCCGUCGUCACACCACCUGUUACUUCAAUGUCACAGGUGGCAUCGACUGCUGUAGCGACCGAAUCCCCCGUUCGUACGUUUCUACAAGCAGCUACCGUUUCAAUAUCCGCGGCUGACCUCCGCAGCGUUCCCAAGCUGACUGGAGACCGUACAGAAAACGUGAUCGAAAUCUUGAAACAUUUUCGUACGGUGGUUGGGCUGAAAGCCGCAGCCGUCAACAUGGAUUCGUCGUUUGCUGAUGGGGUUGCACUCAAGCACGUUGCCCUGGUGGGAACAGGAGAAGUGUUGACCCUGAUACAGCAGAUCUUGUCUGGACAGAUAGACUGUUCUAAGGCAAGCACGUUCACAGAACCGGAGGAAGAUGCCAUGUGUUCUGUUUUGCUUAAUUCACUUCUUGCCGCAAAUUCCGUUGAGGGGGAGGCACACCAUCUCGUAACGUUCGUUCAAGGCCACAGGAAUCUGUUUCCUCGUAUGCUCUCCGGUUCCGUACUGUCAUGGCACGGUUGCAAGCUGCCGUCGAGCGUGAUGGUAGUCGUACCGCUUGGAAUUGCAUGACAGAGUAGCUCUGUGGCAAAAUGGGUUGACCCAUCGUAUCGUUUGCUCUUUUAGAGCCAAUACCGUCUCCGUCCCUAAGACCAGUGCCGCAAAUGGUGCACCAGUCAAAGUUUCAGGAUUUAUUUCGUUCGUUGUUCGGUUGGGAGACGUGUCCCGCCGAAUCGAUGCGUUGGUCGUACCAUCGCUCGGUCCUGAUCAAAUACUCCUGGACAAUGAGGCAAUGACUCGGUUUGGGGCAGUACUUGACUGGAAAAAUGAACGUUUGACUUUUGAGUGUAGUGACACUAUUGUCCCCGCUAUUCAUCGUAAAAAAUCUCAACACGGUUAUGAUCCGUCGCCGUCCCCCCGUGUUGCAGCCGUUCAUCGAAAUGCGGA